UUUUGGCGGGCUUUAGUAAUACAAUAUAUUUAUUAGUUAUCGUUGUAUAUCAUGGGUAGUUCAUAAAAUUAAGAAAUUGGGAAACAAUAAGGCGCUAGGUAUGGAGAAAAGUGCGGACAUGGCUGUAAAUCAUGACUUGGGCUGUGACGAUGAUGUUCUCGAGUUCAAUCAGUUCGACGGUCUUCCGCUUUCAUCCCGGUAUUAUAAACUAUUACAGGAGAGAAAAGCGCUGCCGGUUUGGGGAGCCAAGUCUAAGUUUCUGGACUGCAUCACCAGCAACCAAAUAGUUAUCAUCAGUGGCACAGCAAAAACAGGACAAAGCACUCAGAUCCCACAAUGGUGUGCAGAGUUCUGCCUGUCUGCGCAGUACCGGCACGGCUUGGUGGUAUGCACACAAAUCCACAGGCAGACCGCAGUGGAUCUCGCCCUGCGUGUGGCUGAUGAAAUGGACGUGAACAUUGGCCAUGAAGUGGGAUACGCCAUCCCUUUCCAGAACUGCUGCUGUGCCGACACUGUGCUUAGAUACUGUACUGAUGACGUGCUGCUUUGUGAGAUGAUGUCAGACCCUUUGUUGGAGCAGUACGCUGUGAUCUUAAUCGAUCAAGCUCAGGAGCGUACGGUUAGCACAGACCUUCUCCUCGGUCUGCUCAAAGAUGUGCUGCUGGCGCGACCAGAGAUGCGCCUGGUCAUCCUAACUGCACCUCACUCCUCCGGAAAGCUGCUGCGCCACUAUGGGAACGUGCCUCUAAUCCAGCUUGAGGCAAAACAAUCCAUUGAAACUGUGUAUGGCACCAGGAGGGGAGGUGUAAAAGACUAUUUGUAUGCCUCCAUUCAACUGGUUUUGGAAAUUCAUCUGUCUCAAGAGCAUGGAGAUAUCGUGGUGUUUUUGGCUACAGAGCAAGAGAUUGAAUGUGCUCAUGCCAUCUUGCGGAGGGAAGUAUCUGGCGUAGCCUCAUCGCUAGGUGAGCUCAUGCUCGUGUUGGUCAGUCCAGAGCAGGAGGAUGGUCUUUUUGUGUUCGCAGAAGGAGACAGCAGGUAUAGGAGAGUCUUCCUCACUUGUGGUGCAACUGAGCACUUAUUCUGGGCCGCACACAGUAUUCGCUUCAUCAUUGACGCUGGAGUACAGAAAAGAUAUGUGUUCAACCCUCGAAUCAGAUCCAGCUCUAUUGUCAUUCAGCCAAUCAGCAAAAGCCAAGCCGAAUGCCGCAAACAGCUGAUUGUUUCAAAAGGGAAGUGUUUCUGUUUGUACCUGGAGAACAUGCCCCUUCCAGUCGAGAAUGUGCCUCACAUCCUGGAGUCUGACAUCACUUCCACAGUGCUUUUCCUUAAGAGGAUGGAAAUCGCUGGGUUGGGUCACUGCGAUUUCAUUGAUCGGCCAGAUCCUGAGGGCCUCAUGCAGGCUUUAGAGGAGCUAGACUACCUAGCAGCUUUGGAUAACGAUGGUAAUCUGUCGGAGAUUGGAAUAAUAAUGUCUGAAUUUCCUCUGGAGCCCCAGAUGGCUAAGACUCUUCUGGCUUCCUGUGAAUUUGACUGUGUGAGUGAGGUGCUCACCAUCGCUGCCAUGCUAACAGCUCCAAGAUGUUUCCUGGUUCCUCCUGUGGAGUUCAAACAGCAGGCCUUAAAGUGCCAUCAGAGUUUUCAUCACACUGAAGGAGACCACUUUACCCUUGUCAACGUGUACAACGCCUACAAACACAGCCAGCAGAGCUCAUAUUGCAGCAUCGAGCGCUGGUGUGAUGAGCAUUUUCUGAGUUUAAGUGCCCUUCAGAUGGCUGAUGCAGUACGAGCAGAGCUUACUGAGAUCCUCGAAAGAUUGGAGCUGCCAGUGUCGUGCCCAGCAUUUGGCUCUAAGACAAACAUCCUGAACAUCAAGCUAGCUCUGCUCGCUGGCUUUUUCAUGCAGGUGGCCAGGGACAUUGAUGGGACAGGGAAUUACUUCAUACUUACCCACAAGCAUAUUGCUCAGCUCCAUCCUUUCUCUGUCUACGGAACCGAGUCCCCCAAGCAGACACUUCCUGAAUGGGUUUUAUAUCACGAACACACACUGUCCGAGAAUAACUGCAUCAGAAUCGUCACUCAGAUUUCAGCACAUGAGUUUAUCCAGAUGACUCCUCAGUAUUUCUUCUGCAACCUGCCCUCUAGCGAAAGUAAAGAUAUACUACAGCAUGUUAUAAACAAUGACUCAGCAGCACCGGGUAAGGGUACGAGUAAAGCGCAGACUCCCAGCGACAGCUCCAGCGAGGAACAGUCCUAUGAACGCUGCAUCAUCCAAUGAACAUGGUGUACCACACUAUAGCCUUUAAAACAGGGUAAAAAGUAAACAGGGUUUGUUCGCCUAUAUACUGUAGUGUUGCAAAAUGAUAAAUUGGUGUAAUGAAGGUGGUUUUAAAGAUAUAAUAUAUAGACCUCUAGAAACAUCAUCUUAGUUCAUAGUUCAGUGUAAUGCUGUAGGAUUAUGAAGUAAAUAUAAAAAAAACAUUUGAAUACUGCUGUGCAGUCUCUCAAACACUGUAGCUACUAGUUAGCCUUUCUGUGCUCUCUUGGAAUAGAAAUUACAUAAUAUUCCUGUUAACAGUAUUAGAUGCAUUGUUUACAGUUGUACCACGGCAUCCAAAUGCACCUACUUGUAAAUUUAUGCCCUAAGAACCAAAAUUUUACAAGAAAUUUGCCACGGCAUAUGAAGAAUUUCUGGCAUAUGAGCGAGUACUUUUGGUUACGGAUACAUCCGGUUGUGCGUACUUCCUGUAGCCGAUCAAAACUUGUUUGCAUCAGGCCAAUCAAGUUUACUUUUUUUGUUUGUUUGUUUGUUUGUUUUUGUGCAUUAUUUCAGUUUAAUGUCUGUUUAUUUCAUAUUUUACUUUA